GGUUGCCGUCCCACUGUGGUAUCAGUUCUGGGAAGUUUGCCAGCUGGUACAAAAGGAGAGAGGUUGGCAAUACAAAGUCCAAGGUAUGCCACUCUCCCCCCAGUCCGGCGUUCACACUCAGCUUUGAGCAAGGAGAUCUGUGGCACAUACAUGUGCAGGGAUGUGGUGAUUCCUGUUGGAGAGCCGGUGUGUGAAUUCCUGUGCAACAGCUGGCACAUCAGGGAAUGCUGGGUAUAGUAAAAGACAUACAUUCCGGAGGGGGGUUUGGCAACCAGAUGUGGAAAUAAAUUGCAUGCUCUGUGAUGUCAGCAGAGGAAGAAGAGGCAUUAGAUUACAUGAGUGGGACAGCCCACACCCUUCAUCUGAAAAAAAGGAAAAGACACACAGAGACAGAAAGAGACCCAGCAAGCAGCCCUGGCUUCGAUAAAACAACAAGCUAAGGAAAAGAGGUGGCACUUUGCCUGUUCCCUUCCACUUUUAGACUAGGCCCUCUUGGCCUCCGGUCCUUGUAAUGCCUCCUGUAACCAGAAGUUCUGUGAGUGCCAACAGAAAUUACUUAAAAAGUCUGCCUGGACUGCUGAGAGUCUUGCAGCUGAUCUUCGGAGCUGGAUUCUGGAUCACCAUAGCCUCUAUCCAGUAUGGAGGCGCCACACACUUUGCAUUGUUUGUAGUGGUUUUCUUCUGGCUGUUGACUAUGAUCAUCUAUUUCCUCACCUUACUGGAUAAGCAGGAGCUGGUGCCCAUCAUCGGAGGAGACCGAUGGGUAUUAGCCAAUGCCAUCUAUGAUCUGCUGGCGACUUUACUCCACAUUUCCACCGUGGGCAUCAUGAUCUCCAAGACGGAGUCCUAUUCCUACUGCAAUGUGCCCACUUACUCGCAGUACUGCCUGUACAAAGCAUACUUAAUCGCCACGGUCUUUGCCUGCUUGACUUGCCUCUUCUAUUUCAUCUCCACCAUUUACUUCUGUUACAAGAAAUGCAAAGGAAGUCAGACUGUCAUCUAGAGAAACCCUUUAAAUUCAUCGUUGGACCAACACCGGACGUUUGAUGAUGUCAUCAGGCUAAUUCAAACCACAACUUUUUUUUUUUAAAUUCUUAAGAAUACUGUAAAGAAAUGUAAAUGUGCAAGGUCCAUGUACUACAUAUUAUUCCCAGGCAGGUUCAUAGGUAUUUUUAAUAGAUUUUAUAGACUUAUAGAUGCCAUGAGUUUGUCUGAUAAUACUAUAUAAUGACUCAAUGUGACCACCCAAUGCAUGUUAUUUUUUUUAACUACAUUCCAGUGCUAUUUUCGUUGUAUAUAUUCUGCCAGAUUUAAGAAAUUUUACUCCAUACACACUUGUUGAUCUUAAGCAUUGAGGCAGAGAGCACAGAUCUGUCUAGAGAAUUACUGUAUUCAGAACAUGCAGAGGUUUUUCUAUGUAUGAGUGGCUGCAGGGUUUGCUGGAUGAUGCAAUACUCUGAUACUCCGCUCUCUCUUUUUGUGGAUAGUCUCAACUCUAUCUCUAUGGAAUUCUCUCUCUUAGAGGAAGAGGCUGCAACAGUAGAAGCGUCAGGGCUUUUCAAAAUGACAGCUGUCUGGGCAUGCUGGGAGUUGUAGUUUAAAAACAGCAAGAAAGCUGCAGGUUAAGAGUCAAACAUGGUUAUUUUACUUGGUAGAUUUAAUUGCAGCUGUCUGGGCAUGCUGGGAGAUACAGUUGAAUAACAGCUAGAAAGCUGCAGGCUAAGAGUCAAACAUGGGUAUUUUACUUGGUAGCUUUUCAAAAUUGCAGCUGUCUAGGCAUGCUGGGAGUUGUAGUUUAAUUACAGCUAGAAAGCUGCUGGUUAAGAGUCAAACAUAGGUAUUUUACAUGGUAGCUUUUCAAAAUUGCAGCUGUCUAGGCAUGCUGGGAAUUGUAGUUUAAUAACAGCCAGAAAGCUGCAGGUUAUGAGUCAAACAUGGGUAUUUUACAUGGUAGCUUUUCAAAAUUGCAGCUGUCUAGGCAUGCUGGGAAUUGUAGUUUAAUAACAGCUAGAAAGCUGCAGUUUAAGAGUCAAACAUGGGUAUUUUACAUGGUACUGCAAACCCUGCCACAACUUACAGUUAAUACAGUGUUUCCUAAAGCGUAGUAUGCAUUUUUGUAAUUCUUUGCUCACUGACCAUACACAUGUGUCCAUGUAAGGAAUUAUCAGAUCCUUCAAACACAACUGAAUUUCAAUUUUCAUGUCCAUUUCAGAAGUAAAGAAAUGAUGCCCAUGAUGGGUGUGGCUCACCAUAGCCAAUUUUAUUGCGAAUUCGCCGGGAAUUGUAGUUUAAUAACAGCUAGAAAGCUGCAGUUUAAGAGUCAAACAUGGGUAUUUUACAUGGUACUGCAAACCCUGCCACAACUUACAGUUAAUACAGUGUUUCCUAAAGCGUAGUAUGCACCCGGCCCUAAGUUUCUCUGGAAACUGUUUUCUAAUUUUGGAAACUAUGUGUUUGCUGUUUAUAGCAUUGGGAUGAAAAGCUGUCCUGCUGAUGCCUGCUCACAUUAACAUUAGAAAAAAAAAUGCCAAAAUAAACUUUUUUUUACAACCAAA